UAAUAAUUUAUUCAUUUUUCACCUAAAAGUUUAUCAAUAGAUUUUCAAAUGUAUUUAUAGGUCUGAUAAGUUCAUCUUAUGUGGUAAAUUGGAUUUUGUUAUAUACAUCCAAGUUUAUUUUAAUUUAUACUCAGACAUUAUAUUUUAAAUCAAUCUAAUACCAGAUGGCGUCAAAUUGGCCAAAUCCCAAACAGGGUUUAACUAGUCGGACGUCGAAUCCUUUUCCUAACGUCCAAAACCCAGUUCACCAAACUCCAUUCGCAAAUCCGGUUCAUCCGCCUACCCAUCCUCCAGUAAAUCCUCCACCAACCGCUGGAGGAUAUGCACAUAAUUUACCUCAGACCUUUCCUGGUCAACAAUUUCCACCUGGCCCUGGCGUGCCUCCUGUUUAUAAUCCAAAUCAAUCAGGGUUAGUAAAUAGAAGUGGACUUGGAAACGCAGCAUACGCUAAUCCACCCAGCGUCCAUUUCACCUCUAGUUUGGAGUACUCUUCGCAGGUGCCUCCAGCCUUUUCAGAACCUCCACCUGCCCCAGUGCCACCACCAAAAUUAGAGGAGCUCAACAAGGCUCAAUCUGGUCAAGGUGUGACAACAGUGAGACCCACAUCUAAGAGUCAUACUGGUCAAGUGUUCCACGAUAACUUCUCCGCAACUUCAACAGUAGGAUACAAGUCGGAUGAAGAGGUUUUGGAAUCCGUUGUUUUGGCAAAUACGACGAAGAAUUUUGUUUCCCUAUCGGUGGGAACACUCCCCUCAACAGAUCAGUUGCACCAAAAAUCUGGUAUAACUCUUUCUUACACAAUCACGCCACUCAAUUCAGUUGAAACUGUACCAUUAGUAAACCACGGAAAUGAAUCAAUCACUAGAUGUAAACAAUGCAGAGCUUAUAUAAACCCCUUUGUAAGAACAGACCCCUCUAAAAGGUUCUGGAUCUGUAACCUAUGUGACACAUCAAAUGAACUCCAGAAUAGAUACCUCUCGUCCUUUAACCAAUACCCAGGAUCAAACCAACAAAAUGAGCUAGAGUUGAGUUGUGGAGUAGUAGAGUUCAUGGCCUCAGCUGACUAUACGGUCAGACCACCACAGCCACCAUCGUAUCUAUUCCUAAUCGAUGUCUCUUCGAACGCAGUAAACUCAAGAAUGCUAGAAGUUGUUUGUAAAACCAUCAAAGAACUGAUAAUGGGCAACGAAUUUGCGUGUGAUAAUCGCACACUCGUGGGUCUAAUGACCUUUGACUCCACAGUGCAUUUCUACCAAAUUUCCAAGGGUCCACAAAACUACCAACUCCUCAUUGUGUCUGACUUGGAAGACCUGUUCCUCCCAUUACCAGGAGAGGUUUUAUUAAACCUACAAGAGUCCUCACAGGACUUCCUCCGUAUGUUAGAUUUAUUGCCAUCAUUGUGGAAAAACACAACAACCACAGGAUCGGCAUUGGGGAGUGCAAUCAGAAGCGCACAUUACUCGAUGAAACACGUCGGAGGAAAGCUAAUCGUAUUUGCAGCAUCACCAUGUACCUUUGGAGACUUCUCAAUAACGUCUGCACAAAAGGCAGAAUCGGCACCCCAAUCAUCGAACGUGCUGAAUAUGAACAAGAAGCCAACGUCCAAGAUCCACCCACUUGAAAAGUGCAAAGACUUCAGCUGCAUGAUGUGCCAAACACAAACCACACUGGACCUCUUUGUAUGUACUCCCCAGGCACUCAACUUGGAUAAAUUACAAUACAUGUCAACUUUAACAUCAGGAAACAUAUAUUAUUAUCCAUAUAAGAAUCACGCGGAGAACUACAAGUUGGUUAAUGAGCUGAAGCACUUGGUGAGAAGAACAACAGUGUGGGAAAGUGUGAUGAGAAUCAGGCUGAGCAAGGGCUGGAAAGUUACUAACUGGCACGGAAACUGUUUCGUAAGAGGAAGUGACCUGAUGGUACUCCCAACAACCUCUGAAGACCACAGCUACACCAUUACCUUCGUACCAGAUACCUCUAACUCAAGUAACACAAGCUCAGCUGGAAAGAAGGUCAUGUACAUCCAAACUGCCCUAUUACACACUAACAGCUCAGGAGAAAGAAGGAUAAGAGUGUUUAACACAGCAGUGGGAAUUUCAAAUGAUUUGGGAACAGUCCUUAACAGUGUAAACGUUGAAUCCUUGGUGUUUAACAUGCUCUUGGGAGCGAUUAAGGUGUACCAAACUAGCGGGAAAAUGGUUGACGCAAGGAAUCACCUAACAACACACUGCUCAAGAGUAAUUAGCAGUAUGUCAAUACUGGGUUCUACAGUAGACUUAUCCAGAGUACUCUCACUAUACGUUCUGGGUCUCCUCAAAACCACACUGUUCACGGACGACCAUAACCAGGACUACAGGGUCUAUCUCAGCACCAAGUUCAGAAGCUGCAAAAUCGAUCAAGUUAUCUUGUACGCAUACCCCCAACUCUAUAACCUAUCAAACGAACUCAAUUCCCAUGAAUUGUUACUUCAGGGAUUGCCACUAUCCUUUGAAUCGCUGUUGCAAGAGUGUUUCUACCUACUGUUUAAUGGGGAGUACUUGUUGCUGUGGGUUGGAAUGAAUGUGCCUAACAACUUGCUACAAAGUACCUUUGAUGUUCCCUCGUUCGAACAGCUUAACGCAACCCUCGUGCCACUCGCACUGGAACAGUCGACAUCGAGUAACGCACACAAAGUUAAGGUUUGCCUGGAAACACUAAGAGCGAGACUCCCACCAUACGUACCACUCAUGGUACUAAAACAGGGAGAAGGGGAUGCACUGUUUUACGCAAGCCUGGUUCAGGACAAAACGCAAGGAAUGAUGGUCACAUUCCAGGAAUUUUACCAAUCAAUGCAACCGACCUCAACACUGGGAAUCAAGAGAUAGCAUAUUUAAUCAGAUAAGCAGUCAAAUGUUUUCAACCGAACAAGGGUAAUAUUUAGAUGUAAGGAAUAAUUGGAGCUGGAAUUUGAGAAAUUUAAUAAGGAAUUUUAUGGAAUUUAGAGAAUAAACUAAUGGAACAAGAAUUUUGAGUUUUAUAAAGUAAUAUUCCAACUUACAACCUUUUAAUCGAUUCAAAUUAUUACACUUUUAUA